CGCGGGGCGAGCGAGCAGACUGACGGACGGACGGACGCCGGAGAGAGAGAGCGAGGCAGAGCGUGAAAGAGGGACGGAGGACCAGAGGGGGACGGAGACGGAGACGGAGGGAGCCUGCCUGCCUGCCUGCCUGCCUGCCUUUGUCCUGGCUGAGCGUCGGUGGGCCAGCUGGUGCGGGCCGGUUUUCGGGAGCUCCGUAAUGGGUCCCGGCGCGCUCGGGUUCGGGCUGCUGCUGCUGUGCUGCCUGCGCGGCGGCUCGGCCGGCGGACUGGACCCAGCGGGACACAACGUGUGCCAGGACCCCAGAGACCCCAGAACCCCGAUCUGCUGCUCAGGAUGGACACAACAGGGAAACAACUGCACUGUCCCGGUGUGUGAUGGUGAGAGAGCCUGUCAGCAGGAUGAGAUCUGUGUCUACCCCGGCCUGUGCCGCUGCAAACCUGGCUUCUUUGGCGCCCACUGCAGGACACGGUGCCCGGCGGAGUUCUGGGGCCCGGACUGCCGGGAGCUGUGCCCGUGCCACCCGCACGGGCGCUGCCAGGCGGAGACGGGCGCGUGCACCUGCCUGCCGGGCCGCUGGGGGCCCGCCUGCGAGAACGCCUGCGCCUGCGGCCGCCACGGCCGCUGCCACCCGCUGCACGGCAACUGCACCUGCGACGCGGGCUGGUGGGGCGCCGCCUGCGCCAAGGCCUGCCCGUGCCACCGCGAGGGGGGCGCCUGCGACCCGGCGACGGGCCGCUGCGUCUGCCGGCCCGGCUGGUGGGGCCAGAAGUGCUCGCUGCCCUGCGGCUGCUACCUGUCGCCCUGCCUGCAGCGGUCCGGCGACUGCCGCUGCCUGCGCGGCUGGUGGGGCCCCGCCUGCGACCGCUACUGCAACUGCGACCUGCGCCACGGCGACUGCCACCCCGCCAGCGGCGCCUGCCUCUGCCGCCCGGGCUACAGGAGCCCCUUCUGCAACGAGGCCUGCAGCGCCGGGCGCUACGGGGACGGCUGCGCGAGAGAGUGUGGGCGCUGUAGAGAGGGGCAGCCCUGCUCUGCGGUGGACGGGUUCUGUGCCGCCUGCGAGCCAGGCUGGAACGGGACACGCUGUGAUCAGCCCUGCCCACCUGGUUACCAUGGAAACCUCUGCCAGGAGACGUGUCCUCACUGCAGAGCCGGGGAACCCUGUGACCCGGAGACGGGAACGUGCUCAAACUGCGAGCCCGGCUGGACUGGACCAAGGUGCGACGGGCGCUGCCCGAACAGGACUUUCGGAGACCGCUGCCAGUUCCCGUGCGCUCCCUGCGUUCACGGGCGCUGCGAUCACGUGACAGGAAGCUGUGUGUGCCAGCCCGGGUUCGAGGGAGAGAGCUGUAACAGCACGUGUCCAGAACACACGUUUGGUCUGAACUGCUCCUUGUCAUGUGACUGUGGAGAACAUGGCUGCCACCCAGCCAGCGGAGUGUGUAACUAUGGGCGCCGUGGGGCACUAAUUGCAGGUAUCCUGAUCCCGCUGCUCCUGGUGCUGCUCAUUUUGAUCUGCUGUUGCUGCUGCUGUUGCUGCUGUGGAGGGGCACCGCCUGAGGGGAAGGACAGGGUGGCAGUAGGAGGUGGGCAUCUGUCUGGGAUGAAGCACCAUGUUUAUAGUCUGGCCAACGGAGUCUCGCGUGUCUGACUGACCCUGGGUACUCACGGUAACUCUGCGCCCGCAGUGUCUCACCACGACCCGGAGCUCACCUUCAACCACAGCUUCAUCGAGCCCCCGUCCUCGGGCUGGGUGACGGAGAACUCGUCCUUCGAGAGCGAGGAGGGGGAGGCGGUGUACUGCGUGCCCCCCAGGGAAGACAUGGCUGCGCUGGCAGGGGAUUUCCAGGAGAUCGGCUCCAAGUGCAACAUGUUCCCGGACCCGUCCGCGUUCGGCGCCGAUGACGGGUCGCCCUUCGCCAUCCCCCGAACGUCCAGCAUCGCCAAGGCCAAGAGGCCCUCCGUGUCCUUCGCCGAGGGCACCAAGUUCACCCCGAAAGAGCGGCGGGGCUCCCAGGAGCCCCCCGGCGUGGCCCGCAAGCCCAAAUCCCCCUGGGGCGUCCUGAUGCUCACCGCCCUGCAGGGCCAGGGCCGGGGGAGCGAGGGGGAGGAGGGGGCGGGGCAGGAGGAGGCGGAGCAGAGGGAGGAGGGGCCCGGGGAGGGGCCGGGCGAACCUGCCGGCGAAGUGGGAGAGCCGGACCCCGACAGGUACAGCGCCGCCCCGUCCCGCCCCUCCCUCUCGGUGCCGGGCGGGCGGAGACGCACCCUGUCCAACGCCCGGCGCAGCGUCCCGGCCCAGACCGCGCCCGGCGAGGCCGCGCCCCCGGAGUCCGCCCCGGAGAAGGUGGUGACGGUGUACGUGACCGUGGGGAGGGCGGGGCCCAAGGCGGGGCCCAAGGCGGGGCCGAACCCAGAGGGACCGGUGCAGGCCAUGCUGCGCAGACUGGGCAGCUUGCAGAAGAGGGGCGAGGAGGCGGGGCAGGGGCGGGGCUCGGGGGUCACCAAGCCGCCGCGCAGGAAGCUGGGCGCGCGGGUGAGCGUGUGGGAGCAGGCCGCCGUGGGGGGCGGGGCCGGGGCCGGGGGAGGAGCCGGGGGCGGGGCGGGGCGCGUGGAGGUGCACCUGCGCAAAUCCAGCAGGCGGAAGCCGCCCCCCCUUUCCUCGCCCGGCUCCUUGGGAGACUCCGCCCCCUGGCCGGAGAGCGCCCCGCCCACCCGGCCCCUGUCCUCCGUCCUGCAAAGCGUGCCCGAGAACACGCCCCCCGCGAGCGGAGCCGGAGGCGACGCGGACGGCGCCGCGGCAACGGGUCGCCACGGCAACGCGCAGACGGAGAGCGGCUACCACUCUCUCGGGGCGGGAGGGCAAAUCAUCGGCAACCAAGGGGUGGGGGCCGGCGCAGAGGAAGGACCUCAGUAUGAGAACAUCCUGAUUUAACACUGACUCCUCAUAAAGACCCCCCCCCACCCCCGCAAUGAGUGUGAUGCCAUGGAAACUGUAUAUAGUGAUGACAUCACUGCUUAGAAUUCACUCAGACUGGAUAAGAAGGAAAAGGAGCUGCCGCAGGGGGCUACUCAGUUUUAUUUCCCAUAAUGCAGUGCUUCUCACCUGGCAGGUUACAGGUUCGCAGGCCAGGUCUAAAGCACUGUGCUGUUAGGGGCAUGGGGUUGUGCCGCGCGUAAUGAACUGAAGUGUUUGUGAACUGUUUAUGAUCCAUUAUGAACUGUUUAUGAUCCCUCUCAGUAUGAUAUGCACUGUAGAACGCAGUCUGUGUAUUGGCUGGCAGGGUCUGGUGACUGGCCUAUGGGAGUGGUCAUUAAAUGGACUUUAGUUUACUUCUGGUAAAAUAAAACUUUUAAAAGCCUUUCAAUACAUUGAAAACCUUUUCAGUCUCGUCAUGGAAUGUAAAACUUUGUUUUUUGGUGAAACACGUUUAGUUUCCCCUGUGUAUUUCCCCAAAAAAGGACUUUUCUACAAAAAAUUAAACACAAAUCCAAAAAGAA